CCGCAACGUAUAACACUAUGGAAUCCUUAAUUAAGGAAGCGCGUGAAAUUUAUGAUGGUAACGACUUUAGGGAAUUGAAUGAUAUAUAUGUGAAGAACAAAGUCAUCGUGGAAAAAUUAGAAAAUUUGGUUCCAAGAGCUCAUAAAGAAAUUAUUAAAGGACAUGAAGACCAUACCGGUCCCCAAUUAG